AGAAAAUGAACCCUUAGGAUCAUUAAAAUCAGUUUGUGCAACACACAAGACCUCUAUAAAUUUUCCCGAAUGCCAUGAAUCACUGGGCUUAUCAAUAUCAUCAUGGUUACUCCCCAUACUUUCCACAUCCACAUCCACAUCCACAGCAACUAAUGUUUUAUAGGUAGCUUAUCCCUGCCGUUGUACCUGAUCUGUAGCAUAAUCAAAAGCAACAAUAGCCGAAAGUGGUUAUCACAAUUUCGAGUGAUGAAGAGAAAGAGCCUAAAAAACCCUAGGAACAGCCUCCAAAACCAGUUAUAGAAGCACCUCCACAACCAAAAAAGCAGCCUAAGAUCUUGGAUUUGGAUUAGUUGGAAAGUUAAGGAAAGGUGUAUGAUUAUGAAUCUUCUGACUCCCCUCAACUUCCGAGAAGAGUUUCAAAAAGUUUAAAAUUUUAGAAGACAAUGCGAUAAAUGCAUUAUGAAUCAUUCUAAUCACCUAAGCAAAAGAAGAGGCCAAUUAAAAAUCGUAAGGAACCUACUCGCAUUCAACCAAAGUUAGCUAAACAAGUUCAAAUAGGGAGAUAGCGCCAAUUGAUCGAAUUCCCUCAAUCAAGUGUAAAAACGCGUUUAAUCAGGGUUUACACUAAAAACGAAGAGAAAUGUACUUGAUAUCAUUUAUUUGAGACAGUUUAGAAACUACUCAAUAUUCUGUUAUAGAAUUUUCCAAAUGCAAAUGACGAAGACGUAGUAAGGAUACUUAACUUUACUGGUAAAUCCUACGAAAAAGCUAUCAACUUUGUUUAGGAGAAUGGAUUCCUAGUGUAAUAUUUGAUCGAAAGUAAUAAUAAUUUAAAUAUCAUUUUUAGCAUAUUAGAAUAAUGUCUUAUCUAGUGAAGAAGAAUCAACAAAUAAAAAGUGA